GUGUUACGCGCCGACCAUUCGCGCACUUGUUUAUAAUACACGGCGCAUCUGCGCUGAAUUUAUCAGCUGUUCGCGAUGCCUUCGUCCGCCGUAAUUGUCGUCGCGCCUCGCAGCACCGUUUGCCAUCUCUCUGCUUCCUUCUCUCUCGCUCUCGUUUCUUCCAUUUCUGUUUCUCCUCGGCGUUAAUCGUUUCCGACACCUUGCACUCGCGAGCAAUUAUAAUAGAUUAUGCAUCGAAGCCGGGAAUUCCUGCGAAAGAACUUGUUAAUGCGAACCGUGUUCUAUUCGGAAACGCGUCGCGUCUUUUUGUUUGAAAUUCGACAGGAACGGGUUUCUUUCGAGGUUAUUUUACUUGCACGAUUAGUCGAGAGUUUCGCUGUUACAGGACGUCGUUUCUAACCCUUUAUUUACCUGGAAUUCGAUCCCUUGGAUCCCGCAUCGAUCUCUGCAACUUAAAAUUUCCUUGCAAAGGCCUCUGAAGUAUCGUUUGGUCGGGCCUAGGGACUUUCCACCGUGGCAGGACGAGUCGUCGACGAACAAUAGCCGCGAUUGGUUCGAUCUGUUGUCAUUGCGAACGAGGCUUGAUCGUCAAACGGCACGUUCGAACCUGCGAAACGGCUGGUCGCCAUUAGUCUCUCGUCGCCAUCUUCGUCUACUCGCGUUCAACUCCGAGAAAGAAAUUUCCAAUCAAUUUCAAUUCACGAUAAGUAUCUCCGCAUCGGAAUAAUCCGAUUCAUCGAACGAAUAACUUCUAUCGACCACCGGGCGGAACAGUUUCUUCCAUCGUUCGAUCGCGAUUAAGCUAAUUCGCGAUGGCCGAGAACAGCUUCUCCGACUCGUUCGAGCUAGUGGACUCCUUGGACGAUGAUCAGGUCACUCCGAACACGCAGGAGCUUAUGAAAACGCUGGAGAUGAUGAACGUGUCCGGGACACCGAGGAAGCCCAGGACUCCCGCCACCACGCCGGCCAAGGCAGAAUCUCCCGAGAAGCUUGGCGAAGCAUCGGGCUCCGGAUACCUAGGCCAAGCAUCGGGCUCCACGAAUCUUGGCCAAGCAUCGGGCUCCACGAAUCUUGGCCAAGUAUCGUGCUCCACGAAUCCCGAUCAACGAUCGAUCGCGGAGUCCUCGUUCACCGAGUAUAUGGAGAACCCGUACAGCAGCAGGAUCGUGAGGCUGAAGCACAUGCUGCAGAGGCGUUUCGGCAUGCAGUUCUCGCCGGAGGAGGACGACGAGCAAGGCGCGAGAGCGUACCUGUACCACGAGGAGCCCGAGGUCAACAACAAUAAUUAUAUCAUCAUGAUGAAGCCGAGGCCGGAUCUAGAGACGAAGGGGUUCGGGGACGCGGGAAACGACGGUUCCGACUCCAGCGCCCUGGACGACGACGUUUUCACAGAUUGCGCGAAUUCCACGGAUUCUGCCGAGCUUAAAGAGGACAAGUUUGGCCCGUUGUCGUUCACGGUGACGAAACCCACGCGAAUGCUAAUGCCUAGAUACGUCAGGUGCGGGAACAAGUGGACCAGGGAGAUGAUCGAAAUCCCGGAAAGGGGUCAGUCAGAUGCCUCCUUCCCGCCAUCCCACAAAUUGACAGUGGCAGAAGUGUUCGACCCGGAAUCGAAUCGGCCGCGGCCGGAGGUGCUCAAACAACACUUUAUCCUCGAAGGUAGGAUCGACGAGGCGGCGGCCCUUCGUAUAGUGAACGAUGGAGCCGCCCUGCUGCGCUCGGAGAAGACAAUGAUAGACAUAGAAGCUCCAGUCACCGUAUGCGGGGACAUUCACGGCCAAUUCUACGACCUGAUGAAGUUAUUCGAGGUGGGCGGACCACCCGCCACGACCAAGUAUCUCUUCCUCGGCGAUUACGUAGACAGGGGUUAUUUCAGUAUCGAGUGCGUAUUGUACCUGUGGGCGCUGAAACUGUGCCAUCCAAACACACUCUUCCUCCUUAGAGGUAACCACGAGUGCCGUCAUCUCACGGAAUACUUCACAUUUAAGCAAGAAUGUAAAAUAAAAUACUCGGAGAGGGUGUACGACGCGUGCAUGGCCGCCUUCGACUGUCUACCGCUCGCCGCCCUCAUGAACCAACAGUUCCUUUGCGUGCACGGUGGCCUGUCGCCGGAAAUUCACAAUUUAGAAGACAUACGCAAAUUGGACAGGUUCAAAGAGCCACCGGCGUACGGGCCCAUGUGCGACCUGCUCUGGUCCGACCCGCUCGAGGACUUCGGCAACGAGAAGAACGUGGAGCACUUCUCCCAUAAUAGCGUCAGGGGUUGUUCGUACUUUUAUAGUUACGCGGCGUGCUGCGACUUCCUGCAGAAUAACAACCUUCUCAGCAUCAUCAGGGCACACGAGGCGCAGGACGCAGGGUAUCGUAUGUACCGGAAAUCCCAGACGACGGGCUUCCCAUCGCUAAUUACCAUCUUCAGCGCGCCCAACUACCUCGACGUUUACAACAACAAGGCAGCCGUGCUGAAGUACGAGAACAACGUGAUGAACAUCAGGCAGUUCAACUGCUCGCCCCAUCCAUACUGGUUGCCCAAUUUCAUGGACGUUUUCACGUGGUCUCUGCCGUUUGUAGGUGAAAAAGUCACGGAGAUGUUGGUGAACGUGCUGAACAUCUGCUCGGACGACGAGCUGAUGAGCGACGGCGAUGACGGGCUGGAAGAAGAGUCACUCUUCUUUCUUUCUGUUCGUUCAUUCGAACUCUCUCCUCCGCUCGCAAAGAGACAAAAUGCAAAAGCAAAAAUACGAGGAAACGAAUCUCGUACUCUCUAUCUCUCUAUCUCUCUCAUAUACUGGUCCCUCUUACAUCGUGAUCAGAGUGUUCGUUUUUCUUUCGUCUUGUGUUGAUGCUUGAACGAUUAACACGUGUUAUCGAAACCGAGAGAACAUGGUCUCCCGUUCGCGCGCGUUCGUUUCAUUUCUCCGCGAUAUCUAGACCCACGAUAAUAUCCGGACCAAAGAUUUCAUCGGAAAACGAUUUCAACGAGAAACCAUCUCGACGGACAACGAUGUCCCGCGACUCUCGCCGGAUACUCGGCGACAAAUUUUUCAAAAGUUUCUCCGGUGUUAAUGCCUCGCGAGCUCUUUUUCUUCUGUCGGAGUGCCUUUCCGUGUUGAUUCGAUAAGCGAUCGCCGUGUCGCGUCGCGCCGGUCAAAAACUGCGACGGAAAUGCGCGUUCCGCGGAUAAGAAAGAUAUAACACCCCGAGAGUCUCAGCCUCUCGCUCUAGACACGAUUUAAGAGAGGCCAUGUCUCACCUUCGGGACCGCGAGGAUUACCCACGUUCGUCUGCUUCCGUUCCGAAUCCAGGAAACCCCUGGAUAAAUAACGAUUCCCGGACGUAGUUCGAAUCCACGCGGUCCGAAGAGGAUCCAGAUCGAUCGCCUGACCGCCGAGCUGCCUCCGGAAUUCGCCUAAAUCGUCUGCAAAUAUCCUGACAGAAUAGAAUCAUUUCAUUUAAUUAUUCGUGAUCCGUUUAAAUUUUGAUUAUCGAGCAGCCAGUUUAAAGAACUGUUUAUUCGUGCUAGAUUUAAAUCGAUCAAAUUGCUUCGAUAAUAUGCGACGAUAAUAAUAUGCGAAAGACGUGGACAUUGUGCAGAAUAAAUAUUGUCUAAAUUUAUUGCGAGAAACGUAAGUUCGAUCAGAGGGUGUCUUUCAUUUUAACGAUAUCUUUAAACUCUUCUAAUAUACCAAAAAAUUGAAAGUAUCUUCCUAAGAGUAGAAUCGCGUCGAGACAGUUGAAUUCGGCGAUCUCGUUGAUUGGAGGAUAAUUGGGGGCAGCUCUCGAUAGGCAGGCGAUCGAAUCGAUCGGAAAGCGGAAGAAA